ACUAUCCACUACAAUGGCUCGCACUAAGCAGACUGCCCGUAAGUCCACUGGUGGCAAGGCUCCCCGUAAGCAGCUCGCUUCCAAGGCUGCCCGCAAGGCCGCCCCCUCCACCGGAGGUGUCAAGAAGCCUCACCGCUACAAGCCCGGUACCGUCGCUCUCCGUGAGAUCCGUCGCUACCAGAAGUCCACCGAACUUCUGAUCCGCAAGCUGCCCUUCCAGCGUCUGGUCCGUGAAAUCGCUCAGGACUUCAAGUCGGACCUCCGUUUCCAGUCCUCCGCCAUCGGUGCUCUUCAGGAGUCCGUCGAGGCUUACCUCGUCUCCCUCUUUGAGGACACCAACCUGUGUGCCAUCCACGCCAAGCGUGUCACCAUCCAGUCCAAGGACAUCCAGCUUGCCCGCCGUCUCCGUGGUGAGCGCUCUUAGAUUAUGUCUAAUGAGUCGAUUCUUUCUUCUGGUUGGCUCCUGGGAAGGCGAUAAUGGGGUUCUGCUUGCUUUUUCUUUCAUGACUACUGGCGAUACAUGACGGGUUUUCUUUUUUUCGAAUAUCAAUGGGUUCCGGCUAUGGGUUUCAAGUUUUUAUUUCUUGCUGCGCUAUAAAUAGUAGGCUGCCUAGUCAGCGGCUGGGUGGAUUGGGUUUCACGGAUGCAUCCGAACAUGUACAUUAAUUGAGA